AUGCCUCUGGCAGAGAAACUUCAGGUUCGCCGCAUUGCCAUCAUUGGCGCCGGCCCAAGUGGUCUUGCAGCGGCCAAAUACCUACUCGCAGAGAGGAAAUUCUCCAAGGUUCACAUCUUUGAACAACGUGCUACUCCAGGUGGUGUCUGGAACUACACACCCCUCGCCCGAGAGAAUGGCUUCUCUGUUCCGAGAACGCAGCCCAGCAGCCUCCCCGACCAAGCUCUUUGGCCCAAGGACGGCGGUCAAGUCGAGUUCAUGUCGCCCAUCUACGACUUGCUCGAGACCAACAUCCCCCACUCGCUCAUGAACUACACCGACAAGGAGUUUCCCCAGGGCUCAUCGCUGUUUCCCCGACACAGUGCUGUGUUGCAGUAUCUCAAGGAGUAUGCCGAGGAUAUUACUCCACACAUCUCGUAUCAGUCCCAGGUUUUGAGUAUCGAGAAGCCAGGGACGGAUCGAUCUAAGCCGUGGCAGGUUGAGGUGCUUGAUUUGAAGGCGAACAAGGCGACCAAGGAUGAGUUUGACGCUGUUGUGGUGGCCAGUGGUCAUUACAAUGACCCCUUCAUCCCGGAUAUUCCUGGACUUGUCGAGUUUGACAAGGCGUAUCCGGGUGCCAUUUCACAUUCCAAGUUCUACCGUCGACCUAAUGAUUAUAAGGACAAGAAAGUCAUCGUUGUGGGCAACUCGGCGUCUGGUGUCGAUGUGAGCGCCCAGCUCUCUGCAGUCGCCAAGCACCCGAUCUUUAUCUCUGAAAAGGAGAAGCCCACAGUGACACCCCCAGCCAAGGAGUCAUGGGCCGCCAACGUGCCCCAGAUCGUCGAGUUCCUCCCCUCGAAGCGCGGUGUCCGCUUCGCCAACGACCAGGUAGAGACAGACAUUGACGCCGUCAUCUUCUGCACGGGCUUUCACUACUCGUAUCCUUUCCUCAAGUCGUUGGAGCCUUCCGUCGUCGUUCCCGAUGGAGGCUAUGCGGCGCAUCUGUGGGAGCAGAUCCUCUACACGGCUGACCCAACCCUUGCGUUCCUCAGCGUUCCCCAACGUGUGGUACCUUUCCCUAUCGCCGAGGCGCAGAGCGCUGUGGCUGCGCGUAUCUGGUCUGGACGACUCAAUGCGCCUACAACGGCAGAAAUGGAGGCAUGGAUAGAAAGUGAGCACGAAAAGAAGGGCUCCGGCAAGGCGAUUCACCUUAUGCACUCUCCAGAGGACGUAGACUACAUCAACCGUCUAUACGAGCUGAGCAAGACGGCCCCCAAGGCCCCUGAGCUGGGACUCGAGAACGACGGAGAGGGCAAGAGGCCUCCCUACUGGGGACUGGACAAGCGCUGGGUGAGGGAGAGGGUGCCCAAGAUCAAGCUCGCGAGUCGGGCUGUGGGGGAGAAGAGGCACGAGAUCAAGAAGCUCGAGGAUCUCGGGUUUGAUUACGAGGAGUGGAAGAGGACGCUCGAGGAGGGGGAGAAGCUGCUUUGA